AUGCUAUGCAGUUUUGCUUUCUCAUCUUGUCAGUCAUAUUGGUGGAGACUAAAGCUUGGCUCUGUCUUGGGAUGGCAAGAUCCCAAUGAUGGUAUUCAUCUUGUUGUUAGUCCUCGGUGCGGUCCCCUGUCUGGAACAGUGUCGGAAUUCAACGCCGGUUUAAAUCUUCCUCAAUUUAAGACCAUUGUAGCGUUUGGCGACUCAUUCACUGAUGGCGGGAGACACGACGGUGGCCCUCUUGAACCUGCCGUGAUGAUACCACCAGAUGCCUUUGCAGGUGGUCGUUCGACCAACGGCCCCAUUUGGGUCGAGGGCAUUGCCAGUGAUAUUGGUGCCCGGGUCAUGGAUUAUGCCUGGUCAAGUGCUGUUACAAAUAUCAGCUUGUGGCCUAGCAACCCAUAUCCCCGGGACUUCAUCAUGCAGACAACAAUAUUCUUAAACCAAUCCAAUAAUUUGGAUCCCGAGACCACUCUGUAUGCGAUAUUCUUUGGAAUUAACGACUGGGGGGACUCCUUUGUGGACGGAAACCACCUACCAGAGGCAGCGCAAGAUAUGUUAGGCCAGAUUGCUCUUCUUGCUUCUCCGCCUACAAAUGCCCGCAAUUUCCUCAUUACUGACGCAUACGGUCGCGGAAUUCAUAACGCACGGGGGGAGGCGUGGCUUCAGUCAGUUUUUGAUGGCCUCGUUGCAUUCCGCUCUCGGGAUCCUCCAUUGAAUUUGGCUUUUGCCAAUUUUGCGACUAUAUGGGACGGGGUACUUGGAUCUGAUCCGGGCUAUAAGGCUUUUGGGUACACAAACCCGGGUGCCUGUUACAUCGAUGGCAAUACCUGCGAUGACCCAGAACAUUACUUUAAUUGGUUCGACGGGCAUCCUUCCAAACAGACUCAUAGAAUCAUGGCGGACUACGUGGAGGAGGUCCUGAAGCAUUGUCGUGUAUAA